GUAAAAGUUUACUGCUAACUAAAUUGGCUAAUCAUCCUGAUUUUCAAGGGAACAUUUAUCAGGGGAAUUUUUCCCUAGAUGAUGUUUUGAUUCAAGGCAAUAUUUUUAUUGAUGAUUUAGACUUAAUCCCAUUUGCUUUACCCAGUCCUGACCCCUUAGAAAAUCAGAAGCAGUUAAGGCAUAUUCCUAAUGCUAUUCCGGGCUGCCGAGAAUUAGAUUUAGCCGUCUUACAGCAGCACCAAGAGGGAAAUUUUAAAGAGGGAUUAACUGGA